AAAUCUUGUGGCAUUAUACCGUCUAUCUGAUUCUGAAGUGAACCACCACAACUCUCCAACCAGUAGUCACAGAUUACAUGGACUGAAAAUGCAGACAAGCAAUUUGUAGGUCCAUAGCCCAGAAACAGACAGUCCGCCAGUCUCUCUCAUUUCAUUUCCAGUUGAGCCAACAACAUAUCAUUGGCCAUAGUACUAGCGGAAUUGUCAAAUCCCAUUCAGCCACUCCUAUAUAUAUCACCAUCACAAGACUCUUCUUUAACAUCCUCUCUUCCCCCACUGUCCACCCUUUUGCUUAUCCUCUCUGUCUAACCCUGGUAAACUCUUCCAUCUCAAAUAUUUCAAUUUCUUAAUUUGUAGAUGUUUCUGAUAUGGACAGUGGUUCAAGUCCGAGUUUGUUUCCGCUGCACCGAUGCAAAACUAUUCACCUGGUGAGGCAUGGACAAGGAAUCCACAAUGUAGAGGGAGCUAAGAACUACAAAAAAUUAAUGAAACCUGAAUAUUUUGAUGCGCAUCUUACUCCACUAGGCUGGCAGCAGGUUGAUAAUUUGCGUAAGCAUGUUCAUGAAUCUGGGCUUUCCAAGAGGAUUGAGUUAGUCAUUACAUCUCCUUUGCUAAGGGCUCUACAAACGGCUGUUGGAGUAUUUGGAGGUGAGGGCUACACAGACAGAAUGGAUAUAUUGCCACUAAUGGUGGCAAAUGCCGGAUAUAGUGAGCGUCCUUCAAUUUCAAGUCUUAACUGCCCGCCCAUCAUUGCAAUAGAACUCUGUCGAGAACAUUUGGGAGUUCAUCCCUGUGAUAACAGGAGGAGCAUCAGCGAUUAUCAGUUUCUAUUUCCUGCGGUUGAUUUUUCACUGAUAGAAAGUGAUGAGGAUAUAUUGUGGAAGGCAAAUGUCAGGGAGCUGAAAGAGGAAGUUGCAGCUAGGGGAUUGAAAUUCCUGAACUGGUUGUCGACAAGGAAAGAGAAAGAGAUAGCAAUUGUUACCCAUGGUGGAUUCUUGUUUCACACACUAAGUGCAUUGCUAAAUGAUUGUGACCCUUUGGCGAAAAAAGAAAUGUGCAAACACUUUGCAAAUUGCGAGCUUCGCUCCAUGGUCAUUGUUGACAGAAGUAUGACAGGGUCUGAUUCCUCAACAACUAAUUAUCCAGGAAAGAUUCCUGAUGGGCUAGAUCUCCCUAGUGGUGUUGCUAGUGAGAACCUUGAGAAAGAAAAGUCUAACUUAGUUUAAAAAGAAAGAAAGAAAGCUGCCAGAAGCUGAGAACAAAUUGGAUAUUGUCCAUGCAUAAAAUAGUAGCAUGCGUGGAAUAUCCGGCUCUUCUCACAUUACAUGCUACAUCCUGUUGUGGUUUGACGACUCUGAGAUUCAUAGGCAUAAAGUGGUGUCCUGUUUGUCCAUGAAGAAGAGUACAAGAUUGCAUUUUAUGAGACCUCUUUAUUAGCUAAAGAGAAUAACUUGUAAAAUACAUCAUGCUUCUUUUGCUCUGCCUCCUUAUGCCCUUAUAUCAUCAGUUUAUGCUUGGCCUCUCCCACCAGCAUAUUUGGCAAGUCCUUCCCUUGUUUGUGUUUUUCAACCCUGUUGCUCAGCAAUAACCUGUAGUGAAUGGACUAUUUGAAUUUCAGACAUUGUUGGCUACUCUUCUAGGCUGUCAAUGCGUGGUCAGUAUUGAGUAAACAGGUGAAAUUUUUGGUUUCUGCAGUCGGAGCAAAUUGGGAAAUCAGCAUGCGUAUGAGGUUUUGGAAUCCAGGUUUAAUUUUCCAGUAAGGAAACGCUGAAAACCAUUCUCUAUGAUAUUAUUUCAAGGAAAUGCAGGACUAAACCCAUUACAUCACCCAGCCAGACCUGGUAAUUCUCCACCUCGAGACCAUAUAGAGCUUCAACAUAA